GAAAAUGUGAAAGAAAUGGUAACAUCACCACUAGGUAAUACCAAAAUUUCCAUGUCUUCUAAAUUCCUAACUUCAUGUAAACAACACAUUCUCUCUUCAACAACCUUCUCUUCUAUUCAUUCUUUCACUUCACACAAAUUUUCCUUCAAAUUCUUUCAUUUUCUCCCACUCUUUCAAUUCACUUACCUACUCUUUUUCUUCACUCCAACUCUCUCAUUUUCCUUUCUCUAAAAUUUCCUUCAAAUUCUUCACAUUCACUUUGAUCUUCUACAAAUUUUGCUUAUUGUUUGGUUCAUGAGAAUUUCUUAGAAAAGUUUUUUCUUUAAACUCGAUAUUCAGUCCAAAGACCGAAUAAUACUGAUCGGUCCUACCGUCCAUUAGCAGAAUUCAAUUCAAGUCAGAGCAAAACCUUGUACGAAGAGACUUAAUACAAAAAUUGUUAUUAUCUGAAAGAAUCAAACCUGAGACCUUUAGACUAGCACGUUUCGAGAAAAAUUACAGUGUUGCUUCCUGUGUACCUUUUGAUCCUCUGUAUUCCAAUUUUUCUUUUGUAUUGUUUUAGGCUGAAUCAACUUGACCCAGUUUUUGUUUUUUUUAGUUUUGUUCAUUUUUCAUUUCAAAAACGAAAAAAGAGAAGAUUUUUGAAGUUGGGUCUUGUUAGUUUUUUGUUUUUGUUCCUUAAUCAUACAAAAUUUUCCUUGGUUUUCUUGGGAAAAAAACAAAGGAAAAUGCUUGGUACUGCUCUGCAAUUUGGUAGUGUUGGUGGUGAGGAUCGGUUUUACAUUCCUGUGAAAGCAAGGAAGAAUCAAAAUCAGCGUAAGAAAACUCAGAAUAAGAGUGAAGAUUCUGCUUCAAAGAGUGAACUUGUUGCUUCUGAGAAUAAGAAUCUCAAUGAAGAUUCUUUGAAAAAACCAUCUACUUGUUCUUCUGUUGAGGUUGUUAGUAACAUUGAUAAGUUUUUGGAGUCUACAACACCUUUGGUUCCAGCUCAGUAUUUCUCUAAGACAACAAUGAGAGGUUGGAAGACUUGUGAUGUAGAGUAUCAAUCUUACUUCGCUUUAAAUGAUCUAUGGGAAUCUUUCAAGGAAUGGAGUGCGUAUGGAGCUGGAGUUCCCUUGUUACUUGAUAAAAAAGAAUCAGUUGUACAAUAUUAUGUUCCUUAUUUGUCGGCUAUUCAACUAUAUGGUCAAUCAGAUAAAAAGUCAAUUGCUAAAUCAAGAUACGUUGGUGAAGAUAGUGAUGUUGAUUACUAUAGAGAUUCAAGUAGCGAUGGAAGCAGUGAUAGUGAAUUUGGCAAAAGGAACAAACAUUCUAUAACACAAAGAAGUAAUCAAUAUCAAACUGGUGAUGCUUCUUUACAAAUGAGCAGGCUAUCUGCACUUGAUAAACACUUUGCAGCGCAAGAGGGAUUUUCUAGCGAUGAAAGUGAAACUGGGAAUCCUCAAGAUCUUCUUUUCGAGUAUUUCGAUCAAGAUCCUCCUUAUAGCCGUGAACCAUUAGCUGACAAGAUACUAGAUCUUGCGCGCCACUAUCCUAGCCUCAACUCAUUGAGAAGUUGUGAUUUAUUGCCAGCUAGUUGGUUGUCUGUGGCAUGGUAUCCUAUAUAUCGAAUACCGACCGGUCAAACAUUGAAAGAUUUAGAUGCUUGCUUUCUUACUUACCAUUCACUCCAUACACCCUUGACAGGAAAUAGGGGUGCUCAGGCUCCAACAAUGCUUUAUCCCAAUGAUAUCAAUGGCGUACCAAAGAUAUCUUUACCAACUUUUGCAAUGGCAUCCUAUAAGUUAAAAGGACCUAUUUGGAUGCAAAAUGGAGUUAGCGGCAAUCAGUUAGCAAAUUCUCUCUUACAGGCUGCAGAUAAUUGGUUGAGGUUGGUUCAAGUGAAUCACCCGGAUUAUCAGUUCUUUGUAUCUCAUGGCACGUACCGCAGGUGAACCAAUUGACACGAAUUAUCCUUACAUUCUCAUGGCUAGAUUCAAAAGCUAUUACCUUAAAUUUACGUGUUCAUUCUCAACGCAACUUGAUUUUAUCCGUCGAUCUAUAGAGAAUUUUAUGGUGUUCCAACUACUAAGCACAAAAGAUGAUCUCAAUUGAAGAAUGAAAUAGAGAUUGUCGCUAAACUGACAAGGAAAAAAAAUCGGAAAAAUAGUGUUUUGUAUGUGGUUAAAUAGUUGUCACAUAAAUGGGAAUGAAAGGUCCCAUUGGAAAGAGUAAAAGGGUUACAUAUUCAGCAAAAAUGGCCAGGCUAUAGCUUCACAGGGAAUAUAUGUGGAAUUUAGUUUGAUCCUUGAAGCCUUUUCAGUUCAAGACAGUUGAGUUUUUAGACUUAAAUAUUUACUAAUAUUUAGUUAUGCUGUGAUUUAGAAUUAAUGGGUGAAAUAUGUAAAUUUUAGAGUUAAAUAUUUACUAAUAUUUAGUUCUAUAUAAUUAUAUCUGUGAUGAACAUCUUCUUAACCGAAGUAAGAGACUUACUUUUUAAAUCGUGAA